AGAUGUUAGCUGUGGAUACUGGGAUUGUGGAGGAAUGGUUAUCGGAGUUCAAGACACUGCCGGAAUCAUCCAUAUCCAGCUAUGCUACAAGCUUGAAAGACAAGAAUGCUUUGAUUUCAUCUCUUUACAAAGUAAUUCAGGAUCCACACAGUGAACUUCUGGAGCCAGUUUGCCAUCAGCUUUUUGAGUUCUAUCGCAGUGGGGAGAAGCAAUUGCUACGAUUUACCCUGCAGUUUCUUCCGGAAUUGAUGUGGUGCUAUCUUGCUGUCUCAGCUAGCAGAGAUUUGCAGAGCAGUGGAUGCAUAGAGGCUCUUCUCCUAGGAGUUUACAACUUGGAAAUAGUUGACAAAGAGGGACAUAGUAAAGUGCUGAGUUUCACAAUUCCAUCUUUGUCCAAACCUUCAGUCUAUCAUGAACCUUCCAGCAUUGGCUCCAUGGCUCUCACUGAAGGAGCUUUAUCGCAGCAUGGUUUGUCCAGAGUUGUGUACAGUGGACCACAUCCGCAGAGGGAGAUGUUAACAGCACAGAACAGGUUUGAAGUGCUGACUUUCCUUCUGCUCUGUUACAACGCUGCCUUAUCCUACAUGCCUGCGGUUUCUCUUCAGUCCUUGUGUCAGAUUUGUUCAAGAAUUUGUGUCUGUGGAUAUCCCCGCCAGCAAGUGAGAAAGUACAAGGGAGUCAACAGCAGGAUUCCAGUGUCAUCUGAAUUCAUGGUGCAAAUGCUAACAGGGAUUUAUUAUGCCUUUUACAAUGGAGAAUGGGAUCUGGCUCGUAAAGCUAUGGAUGAUGUUUUGUAUAGAGCACAGCUGGAACUAUAUCCAGAACCUCUGCUGGUUGCUAAUGCAAUAAAAGCUUCACUGCCUCAGGGUGCCAUAAAAUCUAGUAAAGAAGGUACAAGAUGCAUUCAGGUUGAAAUUACACCUACUUCAUCCAGAAUAUCAAGAAAUGCUGUGACUAGCAUGUCUAUCCGAGGGCACAGAUGGAAAAGGCAUGGUAACGCUGAAUUAGCAAUUCAAGAAGAGCUGAUGGAAGUAUCUGAAACUGAUGAAGGGUUUUACUCUAGGGCUACUUCUAGUACAAGUCAGUCUGCCCCAUGUAACAGCAGCAACGUGAGCAGUAAGAACCUUUUAGGGAAGAGCCAACGAAGGUCUGGAGGAAGCAAAGCUGGAGGAAAAGAAAAAGAAGGAGAAACCUGCAGAGAGCACUUGUCACGAAAACAAACUCAGAGAGCCAUGAGUGAGAAUCUAGAGCUUGUCUCUCUGAAGAGACUCACACUGACAACCAGUCAGUCCCUGCCUAAGCCUGGCAGCCAUAGUCUGGCCAGAACAACCACCACUGUGUUCAGUAAAUCCUUUGAACAGGUCAGCGGUGUCACAGUUCCAAAUAAUCGCGGUGGUGUAUCUGGUACAGAGUCCAACAGGUUUUCAGCUUGCAGUCUUCAGGAGGAAAAACUGAUAUAUGGAACAGAAAGAACAGAUCUUCCUAUUUUAAGCAAACAGCCUAACCAGCAGCGACCUCCUAGUAUUAGCAUAACUUUGUCAACAGAUUGAUAGUAAAUUGGCAAGUAUGUGAAAAAUAAAAUACUGAAGGUUUAGGCUUGUAUUGGUACAUUGGAACAUUAAGCUCCUUAAUAUGCUAUACGUUAUUUUCUUAAACCUCAAGCCCAUAAAUUCUUACUUGGCUCAUAGUGAGUAGACAGCAGCUGUUAACUAUUUUGCAUCACCUUCUAAUAGCUUGGAAAGUUCUUCCUUGACUUAGUGUGUUUAUACAGCUGAUAGCUUACAGCUUCAGGUGAAGUUUACAGCUUCACCAGUUUAACAAGCAUCGAUCAGUUGCUUAGCCACUGACCAAAAUGUGUGGGUUUUACAAGUGCACAGUAUGGGAGCAAAUAGAACCUCUUCCCAGAUCCUGCUUUUUCACUGCCAAUGUGGCAUAGGCAAACCUGCAAACCUACUUGUGUUAUUGAAAAGGAGUCUCACAGUAUGGGCAUGAAAUUUUGGAACAGCAUUGGAAGAAUAACCAUUCUUUUCUGUUAGCCAGGAGAAAGCUGUGUUUCCGUGUGAGGUUAAAACUAGAAGCAUCAGUUAACUG